AUGAGCCUCCUCGACGCGCUAUGCUGUCUGCUCGCACUGCUGUUGCUACGGCUGUCGACGGCGCAAGCAUCCGGCUUGCAAAAGAGCCGGCCGGCGAAUGGAACCGUUCCCUCCUCCGCCACGCUUGCCGGUUGUCGGAAGAGCUGCGGCAACCUGAGCUUUGAGUACCCUUUCGGCAUCGGCGCCGGCUGCUUCCGGGACCCGGACUUCGAGCUCAUAUGCGACAACCACAACACCACGCAGGCCCCCAUGCUCUUCCUGCACGACGGCAUCACCAAGGUACACAUGGACAUCAACGCUACUACCCACUGGAAGAUGAGCAUGAGCAACACUGAAUUGCAAAUCAAUAAUGAAUUUCUAGUAUCAUUUUCCCGUACCAUCUAUUUGAGACCGGACGUCCACAUAUACCACAUCUCAUGGUAUCCUGGGAGAUCUUUCCGUUUUCUCGCCAUGGAACCAGGCAUCAUAGGCUGCGACUUCGACGUCAGCAUGCUCGAAGAUUCCACACAAACGAUGGUGCGACGGUGCACAGUUACAUGCCCCAGCAGAAAUACCACGGCCGAUGAGGACGGUGGACGGAACUGCAACAACACAAGAGGAUGCUGCUCCUUCAUGGUUACUGAUGUUGGCGCCACCGUCCGGCUCAAGUUCGUACGCCGCCCAAGGACAGGAGGGAAGCAUGAAUCUCAAGGGCACAACAGCCGAAGCUCCAUCCAGGAUAAAAUCCAUGUUAGCAUUCGAGCUAGUCUGUCGUGGGGUGUCGUGGACGAUCAACUCACAUCGCCUGGAAGCUUCCAAAAUAGAACAGAUUAUGCAUGUCUCAGCAACCACAGUGGAGAAGCACCGCAAAUUUCAGCAUCACCCUACUACUUUUAUAAUUACUUUUAUAAUUGUCAGUGCGACAAUGGUUACCAAGGCAAUGCCUACAUAGCCGAUGGCUGCUCACGCGACAAAGGGUACAGACAAUUACAACAGAAGACUAACUGCUCUAGAUGGUGCGGGAACAUAAGUAUUCCGUUCCCUUUCGGCCUAGGACGCAGGUGUUCUGCAAGGAUGUCGUUCCAGCUAAAAUGUGCAAAUUCAACGACGUCCACACUAAAUUUCUAUGCACCGAGCUUCACGGAAAAGCAUAUUGAAUACAUAAAUAUCAACGAGGGGCUAGUUGGUAUUACGGCCUCAACCUAUACUGAAGGUCAAACUACUUUCAUUGUAAGAGAGGACCCUGCGCUCUACAUUGGCUUAGGGAUAUCAACAUCUUUCCGAUGGGCCGUCGCCAAUUUAACAUGCCAGGAAGCUCAAGAGGACGCUAUGAGGGGAAUCCAUAUAUCACAACCGGGUGUCAAGAUAUUGAUGAGUGCAAGGCGCCGGGUAUUUGUAAAGAAAUCUGUAAUAACAUUAUGGGAAGCUACUAUUGCACCGAAUGUUCUGGUAAAACAACGUAUUACCAUCGGGAUUAGUGUUGGCCUCGGUGUUCUACUUCUUAUCUUGAGUGUUACAGUUCUCAUCCGCAGAUGGAAAAGAGGCAUCCAAAAAAAACUUCGUGGAAAGUACUUCCGAAAGAACCAAGGCCUCCUACUGGAACAACUAAUUUCAUCGGAUGAAAACGCAAGUGACAGGACCAAGAUUUUUUCCUUGGCAGAGCUAGAAAAGGCAACAAAUAACUUUGACUCCACACGUGUUGUUGGUCGCGGAGGGCAUGGCAUGGUGUACAAAGGUAUAUUAUCUGACCAGCGGGUAGUAGCCAUAAAAAAAUCUAAAGUUAUUGAGCAAGUUGAGAUUACUCAGUUCAUCAACGAGGUCGCUAUCCUCUCGCAAAUAAACCACCGUAAUAUUGUCAUGCUGUUUGGAUGUUGUCUUGAGACGGAAGUCCCACUACUAGUAUAUGACUUCAUCCCAAAUGGUUCACUAUUUGGAAUCCUCCAUGCUAACCCAACCAACGACUCCAUGUUGUCCUGGAAUGAUUGCUUGAGAAUUGCUACAGAAGCUGUCGGCGCACUUUAUUACCUCCACUCAGCUGCUUCAGUAUCAAUCUUUCAUCGAGAUGUCAAGUCCACGAACAUACUCUUGGAUGGAAAUUACACGGCGAAAGUAUCUGAUUUUGGUGCUUCAAGAUUGGUUCCAAUUGAUCAAACUCACGUGGUUACAAAUAUACAAGGCACCUUUGGAUACUUGGAUCCGGAGUAUUACCACACGGGCAUACUAAAUGAGAAGAGUGAUGUUUAUAGCUUUGGUGUAGUACUUGUAGAGUUGCUUCUAAGAAAAAAGCCUAUUUUUACAAGUGACUCUGGGAUAAAGCAGAAUUUAUCCAACUACUUCCUUUCUACGAUGAAUGAGAAACCACUUGCAGAAAUAGUUGAUGCUCAAGUGCUGGAGGAGGCAACAGAGGAAGAAAUUCAUGAUGUCGCUGCUCUUGCAGAGACUUGCUUGCGGCUCCGAGGCGAUGAGAGGCCUACUAUGAAACAAGUGGAGAUGAUAUUGCAGGCUGUGCGAUCCAAAAGGUUGAGAUCGUGUCAGGUUGCUCCAAGAAAUGAAAGUAUGCAACCAUUCUUAUGUGGACAAAGCCAGGUCACACGUCGGCCGGUGAUUGCUGACAGAGCUAACUCGGCUUCUGAAAUGAGCCAUAAUUGCUACAACCUGGAGCAAGAGUUUAUGGCGUCGGCGACCCUACCACGCUAG